AAAUUUUAGCAAUGGCUACAGAAGAACAUAAGCUCACUAAUGGGUAUCAGAAAUGAGCCCCUGAAACCACCCUCACAUGCUCUAAAGCAGCAGAUAACUUAAAUAUAACAGUCUGUCAAAAUAUGCCGAUUUAGAGAGAAAUCAGAGGAUGGCCCUUCUUCUAGGAUCCAGCCUAAACAGUCUAAGUAUAAAGGUGUCACUCGGAUAAUCAAUGGACCAAAGAAAAAUGCAAUAGUGAAGAAAGUCAAUCAUAAAAAUGAGAAGAAAACAGCUAUUUCUAAGUUGCCGAAUUCUCUAUCCAAGCCUAAAAUGAGUGUUCAUGAGCGGUUGUACAGUACAAAACUGGCUAAAGAAAAGAUCCAACCUGUGAAGCCUAAGCCAACUCCAGUGAAGAAACAAAAGAAGCCAAAAUCUGGAAGAAAAGUCCGGAAUCAUUCAGAGAAAGUCUCUAGUUCAAGAGGCAGCUUCUCAAAAUCAAGAAUUUUUAAUAUUGAUAAAAAGAUUACUGAAUCAGCAUUUAAGAAGGGAAAUAAUAGGUCUCCUACUCCUGUAGUUGAGAAGGCUGCACCGUUAGAUAACAACACUCAGCAUCAGCCCCUAGUAAACAUAGAGGGAAGAUUCCCAAAUGUAAAUAAUGAGGCAAAAUUUGUUCAUUUCUUCUCUGAGAACCCAAGCUGUCCUUCUCACUUCAGUGAUAAUGUGCCUUCUCAUCAACUAACUGAACUUGAUGAUGAGAUAGAAGGGGACCUUGGAGAAAUUCUCAACUCUAUAAAAUAAACAAAAUAAUGAGCUGAAGGAAAGAAUUUUGGAUAAAACACAUAGCAAAAUUAGAAGUAAUGCAACGAUGGAGCCUAUAUCAGGUAUAAAAGUGCUAAGAGCUAGUAAUAAGGAGUUCCAAACUCCUGAUGUGAUAAGAGUCAAGCCUGCCACGAUGGAUCAAAAUGCUCUAUCGCCAAUACGAAAUAGGAAUCUCCUUCAAACCCAAGAUCUUGGAGAUACCAUUUUCUCAGGAAAAACGGAUGAUGCUGACUUUGAAAGAGAUGAGAAUCCUGAAACUAUCCAAAAGCUGGACAUCUCUUUGUCUCAUGAUAUUUCAGAAGUCUGCACUGUUCAAGAGAUCGAUAACAAUACAGCAAAUUGAGAAGAAAUUACAGUUCUCAAGUCUUGUGCGAUGAAGCUUGCUCAGAAACUAAAAGAAGCUCAGAAAGAGAUUGAAAAUCUGAAAACUGAGAAACUCUUACAAGAGGAGAAACAUAACGCGAAAAUCAAAGAAAUGGAGAAAGAAAGAACCAAAACUGAGAAAGUCAAUAAGAAUCUCAACAAGAAACUUCUCAAUGCAAUCGUUGCCAUCAAGCAGACUUUAUGGAGCAAUGUGUUUAUAAACGAAGAGUCUGACAGUCAGAUUUAUUCCCUCCAACUAGAGAACAUGAACUUGCGAAAUUUCCUCAAGCUACAGAAGAAAUAUGACAUUGAUGCUGAAGAGAUGCUACUCAAAGCUAAGGAGAGCUAUAUUAGGUCCAAAUCCCUCAAGGUGAAGAAUAAGGAGCAGGUGUUUCCCAGUCAGCUUAAGUUCAAAUGUCCUAGCAAAGAAGGCCAAGCUGCAAGAGCCCUCAUCAAAAACUCUAUAAGAAAGGUUAGAAGAAGGAGUAGGAGGAAGAGAAGUGAGAGCUUUGAUUGCUCCAUUUUCCUCCCUCAGACAAGACUUGACAUAGAAUCUGACUCAGACUCCUCCUCCCAAGAUUACGACGGGUAUGAAUUUGACGAGCUAGACUCAAAUAAUGAUUUCAAGGUAAAGGCGUUACCCAAAACAGAAAUCAAGAGUAUUAUUGAUGUAGCUAGUCAAGAGGAUAAUGGAGGUAAAGCAAAAAAGAAGGAUGAAUACUCCUUUGGGUUCUCUGGAAGCUACAGUAUGAAAGUCAAAGAUGAAGGCUCCUCAUAGUAGAGGUA